AUGAACAUGGACAAAAAACAGCAACAUCUGGAUCAUGUAGAACAGGCUAUCCAAACGGCAGUGGCUGAGGAUCGCAUCAUUCUUCCUCUGCUGGCCCAAAGGCAGCGGUUCGAGGAAGACGAUUGCCUUCACUAUUGUCUAAACCACAAUGUCUAUGCGAUGAAGCACAAGCGGAUGUGUGGGGCCCUCAAGAACAUAGAGAUGGGGCACCUAGGUUCUAGAGUUCAAGAACAGGAGAAAAUAGAGCUGAUGCAUGAGGCAGCCCGACCAGUCAAAGAGGCACAGACUCCACCAGAAAAGGCCCCCAAAGAAAUCCCAGGCUGCAUUCCUGAGCAUCGCCAAAACACACCUCCAAACCUAAAUGUGUUGAGCAGGUGA